CAUCCGUCCGGUAACUCCGCAGCAAGUGGACCGAGAGGGAGACUGUGGCCGGACAAAACACAGAACCGGACACCAGAAACGGGACGGUUCAGGUCGCCUGCAGCCUCGCGGGUUGAUGUGCGCGCGGAGAUGCAGGCGUCACUGCUAAUGCUCGUCUGCGCCCUGGCUGCUGCCGUUGGCCAGGAGCCUGACCACAGCCACGGUUGUGCCCAUGGCAGCUGUUACCCGGCAACAGGGAACUUGCUGGUUGGACGAGAGAAGAACCUGAAGGCCUCGUCCACAUGUGGGAUGAGGAGAAAAGAGCCCUACUGCAUUGUCAGUCAUCUGCAGGAUGAAAAGAAGUGUUUUGACUGUGACUCCAGACGGCCAUAUGACCCAGUGUACAACACCAUCAAUCACCGGAUAGAAAAUGUUAUCACCACCUUUAAACCUCACCGCAAGAAGUCCUGGUGGCAGUCUGAGAAUGGAAAAGAGGAAGUCUUUGUCCAGCUGGAUCUGGAGGCAGAGUUUCAUUUCACUCACCUGGUCAUGACAUUCAAGACCUUCCGUCCGGCAGCCAUGGUGAUUGAACGCUCCGCAGAUUUUGGUCGCACCUGGCAGGUCUACCGCUACUUUUCCCAUGACUGCGCUUCCAAUUUUCCCAGAGUCUCCCAGGGUCCUUUGCGUAACAUUAAUGAUGUCAUCUGUGAGUCACGCUACUCUGACAUUGAGCCGUCAACAGAGGGAGAGGUCAUCUACAGAGUGUUGGAUCCAGCCAUCAGGAUUGAGGAUCCAUACAGCCCCAGCAUCCAGAACCAGCUAAAGAUCACCAACUUGAGAGUGAACUUCACCAAGCUUCACACACUGGGAGACAACCUGCUGGACCCCAGAGCUGAAAUCAAAGAAAAGUACUACUACGCCAUUUACGAGCUUGUUGUACGGAACUGUUUUUGCUACGGCCACGCUUCAGUGGCCCCCAUCGAAGGCAUCAGGGAUGAUAUAGAAGGAAUGGUUCACGGCAGGUGUGUGUGUAACCACAACACCAAAGGUUUGAACUGUGAGCAAUGUGAUGACUUCUACAACGACCUGCCCUGGAGACCAGCUGAAGGACGCAACACCCACGCCUGCAAGAAAUGUAACUGUAACAGCCAUUCGAGCUCGUGCCACUUUGACAUGGCGGUGUAUAUGGCCAUGGGAAACGUCAGCGGAGGAGUGUGUGACGACUGUCAGCACAACACCAUGGGACGCAACUGUGAGAUGUGCAAACCUUUCUACUACAAAGACCCUUUUAAAGAUAUCAGAGACCCACGAGUCUGCAUCGCUUGUGACUGUGACCCAGAUGGUUCUCAGAACGGCGGGAUGUGUGAUAGCCACACUGACCCAUCCCUCGGCAUGGUGGGAGGUCAAUGCCGCUGUAAGGCCAAUGUCGAGGGGCCACGCUGCGACAAGUGUAAGACCGGCUUCUUUGGUCUGAGCGCUGAAAACCCUCAGGGCUGCCAACCUUGCCGGUGUGACCACAGGGGAACAGUGUCAGGUAGCUCCCAGUGUGACCCUGUCAGUGGAGACUGCUUCUGCAAGCGUCUUGUCACUGGACGCAGCUGUGACCAGUGUUUGCCAGAACACUGGGCUCUGAGCCACGACCUGAACGGCUGCCGAGGCUGCGAGUGCGAUAUCGGAGGAGCCCUCGACAACCAAUGCUCCAUGGAGAGCGGCCAGUGUCGCUGCCGCAGUCACAUGACAGGACGCCAGUGUAUACAGGUGGAGUCCAGAUAUUUCUUCAUGGCUCUGGAUCACUACCUGUAUGAGGCUGAGUUGGCCAAAAUGGGGCAGGGCUGUGCAGUGGAGGUCAGGGAGCACCAGCUGGGUCGCCCCGCCACAUGGACGGGCAUUGGGUUUGCUCGGGUUCCUGAGGGUGGCACUCUGGAGUUCCUCAUCAGUAACAUCCCCUACUCCAUGGAAUAUGACCUGCUUAUCCGCUACGAGUCACAGAUGCCCCGAGACUGGGAGGAGGUGAGAAUAACAGUGAUCCGCCCAGGGCCGAUUCCUACCAGCAGCCCCUGUGGAAACACCAUCCCAGAUGAUGACAGACUCCUGGUUUCCCUGCCGGCUGGAGCCAGGUUUAUGGUCCCUCCUCAGCCUGUGUGUCUGGAGAGAGGUGUGACCUACACCCUCCGCUUUGAGUUCAGGCGCUAUCAGGAUGCCAACAGUAUCCUCAACGGAGCCAGCGCUAUUCUCCUUGUGGACUCUAUUGCCUUGAUGCCACGCCACUCCUCCAUGGAGAUGUUCAAUGCAGGAGAUCCAGCCUCUAACAUCAGGAAGCAGACCUAUGAACGCUACCGCUGCCACGAGGGGGCGAAGAGUGUAACCCGCCCACUGAUGAGUGACACCUGUGCCAAGCUGAUCACCAGCAUGUCGGCCAUCAUAAAUGACGGGGCUCUGCCUUGUAAUUGCGAUCCUCAGGGGUCCGUCAGCUCCAUGUGUGAUGUCCGCGGGGGCCAAUGUCCCUGCAGGCCCAAUGUGAUUGGUAGACGGUGUGACCAGUGUGCUCCAGGAACUUAUGGCUUUGGACCCUCCGGCUGCAUGGCCUGUGGUUGUAGCUUGGAAGGCUCUGUGACUCGACUUUGUGACAAGUUCACCGGUCAGUGCCAGUGCCGUCCCGGAGCCUUUGGUCAGCGCUGCGACGGAUGCCAGACGGGUCACUGGGGCUUCCCCAGCUGCCGACCCUGCCAGUGUAACGGACACGCAGACAGGUGUGACCAGAGGACCGGCGCCUGCAUCAACUGCAGGGACAACACGGGAGGAGACAAGUGUGACAGGUGUGCCAAUGGUUACUAUGGUAACCCAGUUUUGGGCAUAACAUCUGGUGGCCAGUGUCGUCCUUGCCCCUGUCCAGAUGGCCCCAACAGUGGUCGCCACUUUGCUGCAUCUUGUUACCAGGACAACCGUAACAGACAAAUCAUCUGCAACUGUAACCAGGGUUACACAGGGAUUGUUAAACGCUCCGGGGCGACCAUUUUUAAGCGAGCGCGAUGUGAGGAAUGUGCUCCAGGUUAUUAUGGCAACCCCUCUCAGCCUGGAGGGCGCUGCCAGCUGUGCCAGUGCAACAACAACAUAGACAUGUCCGACAUGGAUUCCUGCGACAGGCAGACCGGAGAGUGCAGGAAAUGCCUCUACAACACUGAGGGUCCCAACUGCGGCAUCUGCAGGAGCGGCUAUUUCGGGGACGCUUCCCGACGCAACUGCAGGAAAUGCACAUGUAACUUCCUGGGUACUGACCGGGGCCAGUGUAUGGAGCGGGAGGACUGUGUGUGUCAGCGAGCCACAGGGCAGUGCCAGUGUCUGCCAAACGUCAUAGGUCUGACAUGUGACCACUGCGCCCCCAACCACUGGAACCUGGCCAGCGGGAGGGGCUGUGAACCGUGCGGCUGUGACCCCAACAACUCAGUCACCUCCUCAUGUAACGAGUUCACUGGGCAGUGUCAGUGUCGUGACGGCUUUGGCGGAAAGACCUGCACAGAGUGUCAGGAAAACUAUUGGGGAGACCCUCGGACACUGUGCAGAGCUUGUGACUGUGACUGGCGUGGCAUUGAGACCUCUCAGUGCAACCGAGUGACGGGCCACUGUGUUUGCCAGCAGGGGGUUUCAGGUGUCCGCUGUGACCAGUGUGCCAGAGGCUUUUCUGGCCAGUUCCCCAACUGUCAGCCCUGUCACCAGUGCUUUGGGGACUGGGAUCGCAUUGUGCAGGACCUGGCAGUCCGUACCAAGGCUCUGGCAGAGCGUGCCCAUGAGAUUCAGACCACUGGGCUUACUGGGGCCUAUGAGAAGGCCUUCAGAGACCUGGAGGAGAAACUGGCACAAGCUCAGGGCAUUGUUAAUGCACGCAAUGCCACCGCUGCAGCCGUCGCUACCCUAAUGGAGCUUAUUGAAGACCUGAGAGCGCAGAUUGGUGAGACCACUGACACCCUGAACCGUCUGGAAGGAGAUCUAACCAUCGUUCAGGACAGCAACUCUGAGGCCAGCAAAGAGCUGAGUGCUCUGGAGAGAGAGGCCAAAGAGCUCAACCUCACUUCAGAGCAGCUGCACCGCCAACUGGAUAUCCUGAAAAACUCUAAUUUCCUAGGUGCAUACGACAGCAUCAGUAGCUCCUACAACAAAUCCCGUGAUGCGGAGCGACGUGCUAACGAAUCAACAACCACCAGGCCCAGCACAGUCAGCCAAUCUGCAGACACUCGCCGCCGUACAGAGCGCCUCAUUUCCGCCAAGAAGGAUGACUUCAACCGUAAAAAUGCUGCUAACAAGCGUGCACUUACAGACCUGAACACCAGAGCACAGGGCUUGGACCUGAAGAAGAUCAACGAGAAGGUUUGUGGUGCCCCAGGUGAUGCACCCUGUGGGGAAAGUCCUUGCGGGGGUGCAGGUUGCCGUGACGAUGAAGGAAACCGCCACUGUGGAGGCCUAAACUGUAACGGUGCUGUAGCAGCAGCUGACAAUGCUCUGGAGAGAGCCAAACACGCAGAGAAGGAGCUGAACAAAGCUAUGAGAGAGGUGGAGGGGCUCUUUACCAAGGUGGCAGACGCCAAGACCAAGGCAGAGGAGGCCAAGGGUAAAGCUCAGGCAGCUCUGGACAAAGCCACUGCCACCAAGAACAAAGUGGAGCGCUCCAACAACGACCUGAGAGACCUCAUCAAACAGAUCAGAGACUUCCUCAAUCAGGAGGGUGCCGAUCCAGACAGCAUUGAGGCGGUUGCGAACCGUGUGUUGGAGCUCUCCAUCCCUGCUUCAACCCCGCAGAUCAGACACCUCGCCAAUGAAAUCAAAGACAGGGUUCGCAGCCUUUACAAUGUGGACACCAUCCUGCAGCAGACGCAGGACGAUGUCCGCCGGGCAGAGCAACUGCUGCUGGAUGCCAAGAGGGCAAGGCACAGUGCUGAGGGGGUGAAGACCACCGCAGAGAUGGUCAAACAGGCACUGGUGGAUGCAAAGACCGCCCAGACUUCAGCAGAGAAGGCCAUAGAGAGAGCCAAAGCUGACAUUGGAGAGACCGAAGCCCGACUGGCACAGAUUGAGUCGGAGACAUCCAACAGUGAGAAGGACUUGAAUGAUGCCAUGGACCGCUUGGGAACCCUGGGACGGGAGAUUAAUGCCCUGAAGACCAAACGUGCCAACAACAGCAUGGCUGCAGCCCGAGCCGAGGAAACAGCCACCAUGGCACGGGACAAGGCAAACGAAGCCAAGCAGAUUCUGGACGGCCAGCUGACAGAUAAAUUCCAUGAGGUGCAGCAGCGGGUCGACACAAAGGCCAAGGCUGUGCAGGAUGCCAAGAAAAGGGCAGAGAGCCUCAGAAAUGAAGCAAGGGAACUACUGAGAGAUGCUCAGAACAAGCUCCAAAGACUAGCAGAGCUGGAGAAGAACUACGAGGAGAACCAGAGGGCGUUGGAGGGGAAAGCUCGACAGCUGGACGGCUUAGAGGACAAGAUGAAAGCCAUCCUUAACGACAUCAACAAACAAAUCCAGAUCUACAACACAUGCCAGUAACUCACUACUCCAUGUGAUGAAAAACAGGAGCAUCGUCAUAUUAUUCUGGUAUUUUCUCCAGAUACAGCAACUGUACAAUAGACUUUAUAGAAACUAUCAAAGUGGAGGGUCGGGGUGGUUAUUUUAUCACUCUGCAUGUGAAUUUAAAAAGAUUGCUAUCAUAUUUAGGAAUAUAUACGUAAACAUACCUAAUUGAACAUGAAAAGGUUUUAUGAUAUCACAUAUUUUAUUUUGAUUUGAAUUUGUGCACAUUAUUAUAUUCUGAUAA